GACCUGCGGUAAGCAAAACACUUCACCGCGCUGGCCUUCGACCUGCCAUGGCGUUGGUAGAGAUGCUACUGCUUUAACAGACAUGUUUUUGAUGCCGAAAGACGGAAUUUCCGCCUCACAAACACAACAAACUGCAGGUUAUUCGGAUGGUCUCUGUGAGAUGAAGAGGUCUCAGGGCACAGUGUCUGUCCGAAUCUGUGCAGAAGAGUGUACAUCUUUAUGAAGAGUAGAAGCUUCAUGGUGCUCACACUGCACACUAAGCUAACUAGCUAAUGCACUAUAGAUAGCAAGCUACUGUUAGCUGCUCCACAUCCUUUAGCAGUAAUCUGUGUUGUCUGAGGAUUACACACACACACACACACACACACACAGCCAGUUUGUAGCUUCUGAAGCUGGGACUAACUCGGGCAACAUCUUUGAAGCUAAGGAACCAUGACGACGGCUCGCUAUAGGCCCACCUGGGACCUGGCUCUGGACCCACUGGUGUCCUGUAAGCUGUGUCUGGGAGAGUUCCCCUUGGAGCAGAUGACCACCAUCACGCAGUGUCAGUGUGUAUUCUGCACGCUGUGCCUGAAGCAAUAUGUGGAGCUUCUCAUUAAAGAAGGCCUUGAAACUGCUAUUAGCUGUCCAGAUUCUGCCUGUCCAAAACGAGGACAUUUACAAGAAAAUGAGAUUGAGUGCAUGGUGGCGUCAGAGAUAAUGCAGAGAUACAGGAAGCUGCAGUUUGAAAAAGAGGUGCUGUUGGACCCGUGCCGGACGUGGUGCCCGUCAUCAUCGUGCCAGGCUGUGUGCCAGCUGAAGGAGGCGGACUCUGCCCGGCCGCAGCUGGUACGCUGUGGUAACUGCACGCUGGAAUUCUGCUCUGCCUGCAAAGCCAGCUGGCACCCAGGCCAGGAGUGCCAGGAAAACCCGCCCAUCACUGCCUUUCUGCCUGGCGAGAGCAGUUCUUUCUUUAAGAGUGAUGAUGAUGAUGCUCCUAUCAAGCGCUGUCCCAAAUGUAAGGUUUACAUUGAGCGAGACGAAGGUUGCGCCCAGAUGAUGUGCAAGAACUGCAAGCAUGCUUUCUGCUGGUACUGCCUGGAGUCUCUGGACGACGACUUCCUCCUGAUCCAUUACGAUAAAGGUCCCUGCCGCAACAAGCUGGGCCACUCCAGAGCCUCCGUGAUUUGGCACAGAACACAGGUCAUUGGUAUCUUUGCUGGUUUCGGCCUGCUCUUGCUGGUAGCCUCUCCGUUCCUGUUGCUGGCUACACCAUUCGUGCUGUGCUGCAAAUGUAAGUGCAGCAAAGGGGACGACGACCCCUUACCAACCUAACGGACACCACGACUGCCAUCUCCUUUUGUUUUCUUUUUUCCUCUCCCCCACACACUCCGGCUUGGAGCUCUUGGAGCGCAUUUGAAGCCGCACUGCGACCCAUCUCAUGCCACAACUUGGCUCGGUUCUAGGAGACAGGUAGCAGAUAGCGGGCACCCUGGCAUGAUGACAUCAGGCAAGACCUUACACAUGUGCUGGAUGUAACGCAGUACAUGGGAGUGGUGGGGUCGCCAGUCGUGCACUCUUGAGGUGUUCUGAUUCUUAGGGGACGUGACUUGUUUAGCUUUAUGCCUGUUGUUCUAGCUGGGGGUUUUGGGAUAUAGUGGAUCUUCUUUUGGAGGGCUCAUUAAUGAAAUACAUACUCACACUGCACUACAUGUAGCUCUGUGUGUAUAGUAGCACUUGGGUCACGCAACACUUUACUGGUUUCUCACGCUAACUUGGACACACAGGGGGCUCUUUGGUCACUUUACAGCCUGCUGUGUGAGUAGGGUCUUUAAACAAAUGUACAGCAUGGUGUUUACUUUUAACCUUUUUUUUAUCACACUGUCAUUUUUUUUCUUGUUCUUAGUAAUGCAAGGGUUAGCUUACCAAACUCUCACAUCAGCAUUGCUGCUAUUAGCAUGAAGUUCUCUGUUGAGAUUAUAUGUUACAUACCAUUACUAAACUUAUUGCUAGAGAGUUUUUAUUUUUUUCUUCUGUCUCAUUGGAUCAAGUUAGGUUUUCUUACAGCAUGUGAAAUUCUUCACAAAGCACUUUACCAAAUUGACUGAAGCAUGUUAGUAAAACGGCCCAAAUUAUGAGCACCAGAAAUAUUUUUAAAUCAACACUGUUCAAACUUUCUGGCCCGCUUUUAAUCAGAUCCCCGUAAAAGAGCAGCACAACCAGUGCCACAAUUAUUUUUACAGUCCUCUAUGUGUGUAUUAAACAGUGCUUAUGUAACAACAACGUACUGUACAGCCCAGUAUAUCUCGGGUCAGAUAGUUGGAAACUUGCAUGUGCAUUUCGUUCGUGUGACUUGAACCAGGAAAUUUCCAUCAGAAAUAAUGCAGUCACUGUAAUUUUAGCAGGGAUUAUAAACUCUGGCUGAUUUCAAGACUGUCCUAAUUUAAGUCUAGCACUCUAUCUAUGCAAGUUUGGACAACUUGGAGAUGUGGUUUGUGCGGUCCGUUUGUUCUGCCGGCAAAACAGCACCUCCUGCGAGGCACGAAGAUGUAUUGCAGACAAACAUUACAGACGAGUGUCCUGUUCACCCUCCUAUUAAAUGCUUUAGAAGCCUGUACCUAUUAGAAGCUUAUUAUAAUCAUUUUUUCAUGAUAUGCACUUAAAUGGGACCAUAUGUAGUCAAGCUCUUAUGCCGUAUCAUUUAUUUUUUUAAAAAUCUGAAUUUCUCAUGUCAAGGAUAAGAGAAUGUGUUGAUGUAGCUGGACAGUAUGUAGCUCGCUAGAGCCAUGUAGAUAUUUUCCUGUGUUCACCCAGUAAAGGUGCCAUAUUAGGGGAAUAAUAUAACUAAGCAUCUGUCUUUUUGUUUUUUUAAUUGCAUGUUCAUUCAGUAGUUUAUUAUGUUAGAACCUUUUCCACAUUGUUCUUCAGUAGCUAUCAGCAUUAAGACAGUUUUAGCCUUAAGUUCUGAGUACCUCACUUACUCCCUCACUCUUGUAGCUUUGUUUUGUAUCAUUUAUUCUCAGGUCUACCUGAAAGAAGCAGUUUGUCACUGAUGUUUUUAUUUUAUAUUUAGAUGCAUUUUCAGGGUCAUCCAUGGAUGACAUUUGUGCCAAGCAACUUUGUAAAAUGCUAAGGGAAAAGAAUUUCUUGACAUACAAAUAUUUUGCUUGUAUAUUUUGGCCCCAUUGAUGUUCUGUGAUUCAAAUUUUUCAUGUGGCUAACUCAUGUAAAUGCGUUUUUUGUUUUAUUAUGGAUUUGCACUUAACACGCACUGAAAAACUGACAAUCUUAGCAAGCGAAAAUUUCUUAAAUAUAGUCAAAUUAGUAUUUGACUAGUAUUUCCUAUUAUAAGAUUACAGUAAAACAAAUUAUAUGAUUAUUAAUUCUAUUUCUAGACAAUUUCAUUAAAUUCAUACUUGAAAUAGUCUUGUUCUACUGGCAGAUAAUUCUUCUAAUUUUAAGCAUUUAUUUCUAGAAAGAAGCCAUUACAAUAAGAACAUUAUCAUAGCAUCUAAAAACAGGCUGAACAAUAUUAUAAGAUUAUUAUAACUCAAAUAUAAUAGGAAAUGUUACUUAAAUUUGCCCAUAUUCAAGAUUUUUUCACUUGCUAAGAUGUCAUUUAUUUUGCAGUACAUUUUUUUUUUUAUCUUAUACACUUCAGGGAUUUUGAUUGAGCUCACUGACUACACUGAGGAACAUUAGCCUAAUGACCACAUUUAGGUGGUUAAAUGGUUAUCUUUUCUUCAUCAUCACUUUAGUAUCUUUAAAGAUUUCAGAAGUCAGUUUUCCCAUACAGGCAACAAUUAUGGCUCUUGCACAGAUAUAUAUAUAUAUACACACACACAUAAGAGAUUGAGAGAGAGAAAGAGAAAGAGAGAGGGGUAAAUCAUUUUUAUUUGUUCAGCAAUGUGAUGUCUCUCUGACAACUUGGAGAGAGUUUGUUUUGUACAGUUUUACAGUUAUGCUUAUCUUUUUACUGCAUGCCUAUAGCUCUUUUUGUAGCUACAGUUUGUUUGUGAGAUUUCUGUGUGUGUAACUCUCCAGCUUUGCCUAUUCCACACCUUUUUCACCUGUACACUUUAUAAGGAGAGAAUGUAUGACCAUUGUUAUGUAAUUUGGGGGUCUUUGGCAGUGUUGUAACCUUGCUCCAGAAACUGCUAUUAGAUGACCUUUAAUGUGUAAUUUUGUUUGUUUUUGAUACAUCAUAGAAAUAAAUAUUAAUUGUAUUUUCUGAAUAUCAGCCAAAAAAAAAAUGCACACCACCUUUCACAGGAUGGUAAAACUUGUACAUUUGCAUGUGUGUAAAGUUCUACAUAAAAAUGAAAUUAUAGUUUCUCCCAUAAAA